AUGCACACGGCCGUGGAGAUGGGGCUGGCGCAGGCCGGCGACCAGCCGGGCAUGGGCCUGGUGCUGGAGCACCUGGCGGCCCUGCUCCAGGACAAUGAUCGCCUGCGGCAGGAGCUGGCCACCAUGUCGGCCAGCCACCGGGACGAGCUGGCGGCCCUGUUGCGGGAGUUCAAUGCCCUGCAGGGGGCCUUCGAUCAGCGCCUGGCCGAGCGCCUGGCCGAGGAGGUGUCCCAGUAUGUGGACGAGUCGCGGCAGGUGGUGUUCAACAUGGCCCGCGAGCGGGCCAGCGAGAAUCUGUCCCGCAUUGCCGGGUCCAUUCGGGCGCGGCUCAACCGCACGGAUCUGGCCCUGGCCGAGGUGACCAGCCGUCAGCAGCAGCUGGAGGCCCUGUCCGGGCAUCUGGUGGCGGAGGUCCGCUCGCUGGGUGCCAUCCGCGAUGUGGGGCUCUAUGCGAAGCGCGCGCGCCAGGCCCUGCUGGAUGGCGACACGGCGACCCUGCACCGGUCGCUGGUGAAGCUGCGCGGUGUGGUGUCCGCGGCCGCGGCUCGGAAGCCCGGUCACUGGAUCGCCGCCGAUGCGGCCCUCAACGCCAUCCCGGAGGCCGAGCUCCUCCGGACGGACAUCCCUUCGCGUGUGGCCUUGACCGAGGAGUUCCACGACAUGGCCGUGCAGGCUAACCGCGCCGCCUUGGCCGGCCCCUUCGCCGGUGUCUUCGUUCAUGCCUUCUCCUGGCUGGCGUCCUUCGUCCUGCCGAUUGGCUCCUCCUCUCCCUAUUCACACACGCCGGUGGUGGCCCGGGCCGAUGGCGGGGCGGAUGCCUGCCUGUCCACCGUCCCGGAGGGGGUUCGGCAGAAGCUCCUCCGGGCGCAGGCCGCCCUGGCGGCGGGGGAUUUCUCGGCCGCCGUGCGCCUGGUUCGCAGCCUGGCCCAUGCGUCCUUCCCCAACCAGGGUCCGGCCGAGGAGCCGGCGGAGAACGCGGAGCCGGCCAUCGACCCGGUGACCGGUCUGCCGGAGUCCACGGGCAACUACCCGCCUGGCUGGUCGUCGCGCAUCGCGGCCGACUGGCUCCGCCGCGCGGAGCUCUUCGCCUCGGUGGAGGUGGCCCUGCGCGCCAUUGAGGCCGAUGCCCAGAUCGAGUAUCUCCUCGCCACGGCGGUGGUGGUUCCGCCGGCCGAGGCCCUGGUCCAGUAG